AUGGCGGACAAAGACGCUGCAGUCAUGCACCUGGAGGACCAAACAAGUCAGGGAAUCACUGCUGACGAUGCAGAAUUCUUAGAGAACUUUACAGAUGAAGCUAAGAAAAAGGUUCUCAGAAAGUGCAAUUCACUAAAUCCGAUGCGUCCACCUUCUCACCUUGAGCAGGAAAUGCAAAGAUCGAAGGCCUCCUUCCAAGCCUACACAUGGACGGCCUACAGUACAAUAUCGCCUUGUCCAUCUUUUUCAUUCCUUAUGUCCUUGCUGGUGCCAAGCAACAUAAUACUGAACCGACUGAAAAGACCAUCGCGCUACUUGGGAUUCCUGAUCUUCUGCUGGGGUGUAAUCAUGCUAUGCACUGGCUUUGUUGAAAACUUUGCCGGCCUCGUUGUGAUUCGAUUCCUACUAGGUCUAUUUGAAGCCGGCUUUCUUCCUGGUGCUGUUCUCGUGAUCUCAAAAUGGUAUCUUCCGAACGAGACACAGACCCGCAUCGCUAUUCUUUACACAUCUGCUGCUUCUGGUGGUGCCUUUUCAGGCCUGCUGGCAUUCGCGAUCGCCAAAAUGGAUGGCACGGCAGGGUACGAAGGCUGGCGUUGGGUUAGUUCUUCCUGGUUAUCAUUCGUACCCUCUUCCAACUCACAUUCACGCCAGAUAUUUAUCAUCGAGGGCCUUGUGACUGUUGGCAUGUCGGUAGCUUGCUAUUUGCUCCUUCUAGACUCACCAUCCUUAUCUCCAGGUUGGCUUACUCCUGAUGAGAUCCGCUUCCUUGAAGUGCGUCAACUAGCCUCCAGCAGUCACAGUGCCCAUGAUGGAGCCUUCAGCAAACGGGUCAUCUUCAGCGUUCUUACUGACUGGAAAAUAUACCUUCUCAUCCUUGCCAACUGGUCCAACGCAGUUCCAAACUAUGCGCUCAAAUUCAGCAUGCCUGAGAUCGUCAAAUCCAUGGGCUACAAAUCAGCAAAGGCCCAGCUCCUGACUAUCCCUCCGUACGCCAUUGGAGCUGCGUCAGCUUACGGCUUUUCCGUAUUUGCUGAUCGCUCCUCGUGGCGAAUGCCAUUCAUCGUCGUCCCACAGAUGUCACUCAUUGUCGCGUUUUCAAUAUUAUUCUCCAAAGCCGCCGACAUCGAGAACAACAUAGCACUCUGCUAUUUUGGCAUCUGCCUCGCAUGCUUCGGGAUGUAUCCCAUUCUUCCCGGUGUCAACUCUUGGAAUAUUUGCAACAUACCGAAUCCUCAAAAGCGCGCCGUGGCCAUUGGCUAUCUCAUUUGUACUGGUAAUGCCGGUGGUAUCAUUGGCAGCUACAUUUACAAAGCCGAUGAAAAGCCGCGGUAUCCCACCGGUUAUGGCACUUCAUUUGCGUUCGCUGCUGCUGGAAUCAUGGCCUGUCUGGUUCUGGAAUUCAGUCUCUGGACCGCGAACAAAAAGAAAGGUCGGAUGUCUAGAGCUGAAGUCGAGGAGAUAUAUAAUGAAGAUCAGCUCCGUGAGAUGGGUGAGAAAAGUCCUCACUUCAAUUAUACCCUGUGA